AUGUCAUACCAAGACAAUACCGUGACAUCAGCGGACCUUCUCUCAAGCGAUGUGCCCAUGGACAAAGAGGAGGUCAAAAAGCAGUUUCAAGUGUUCUUGUCGAGUUUCUCAAUAAAUAACCAGUACAUAUACAGGAACAGAAAAACUGUACAGCUAGCUCAUCUGGCAGUGUUUGACCAGGCUUUGUACAACAAAUUUCUGGCAAGACCAAGAGAAUUUGUUGAUCUUGUUGAUGGCUACGAGUUUGUAAGCGAAAAAUCCUUCGAUUUAAUACGCAGUUUGGACGCAAGCAAGGCUAACAGGAUUGUACGGGUGCGUGGUAUCGUAACAAGUGUGAGCAAUGUGCAUGCAAAGCCUUUAACGCUGUAUUUAACAUGUAAGAGCUGUUUGGUUGUUAAGGAAGUGGUGGACGUGAUACCGCGAAGCUGUCCGAAUGGUUGCAUGUUUGAGCCAUUUAUCAUAGUGCCGGAGAAAAGCAGGGUGGUGGACACACAAUCACUGAAGGUGCAGGAAGACUUUGAUGAUGUGCCAAGCAACGAAAUACCGAGGCAUUGUACGGCUGUUGUAAACAAUGCGUUGUGUAGCUGUGAGCUGGUGCCUGGCAGCAACAUCGUUUUCACAGGGAUACUGCUGGUCAAGAGUUCUAGAACAGGUUCCAUUCCGUUCAUACGAAUUAUAGGAAUUGAAAAGGACGUGGCAAAACAGAAGAGCUUUACAGAAGAGGAAAUUCACAGGUUCAAAUCGUUCCAUUUCUUUGAUAACCUGCAGAAGAUCAUUGCACCGAACAUAGCGGGACACGAUGAUGUUAAGAAAGCGAUCGCAUGUCUACUGUUUGGUGGUACCAGGCGUGUUAAAAACGGUGUAGCUCUGCGAGGAGACAUAAAUGUUCUUUUGCUUGGCGAUCCCGGUGUUGCCAAGAGUCAAAUGCUCAAGUUCACAUCUCAGAUUGCGCCCAUUUCGGUUUAUACGUCUGGAAAAGGAAGCAGUGCGGCUGGUCUUACGGCGACCGUGGUGCGUAGCUCGACAGGUGAGUACACGCUCGAGGGUGGUGCGCUGGUUCUGAGUGACAUGGGUGUGUGCUGCAUCGACGAGUUUGACAAAAUGGAUGAGUUUGAUCGGGUGGCGAUUCACGAGGCAAUGGAACAGCAGACCGUGUCGAUAGCUAAAGCAGGGAUCACAACGGUUCUUAAUACACGAGCAGCUGUACUCGCAGCAGCAAAUCCGAAAUUUGGUCGAUACGAUGAUCUGAAAGCACCAGCAGAGAAUAUCGAGUUCGGGAGCACGAUCCUCUCUCGCUUUGAUUGCAUAUUCAUACUUAAAGAUGAGAAGCGAAUGGAUCGGGACAUUGCACUGGCCAAGCAUAUUCUUGACGUGAAUACAAAUGUGAGUAUUGAUGGCACGCAGUACGACACAGAAUUUAUAAAACGAUACAUAACGUAUGCUAAAUCGAUAUCACCUGAGCUGGACGCGCAGGCAAAGCUGAGGAUCAAAAACUUCUACAUCAAGGCGCGACAGGCCGUGCAUUCCCACAGCAAAAAAGAAUGUUCUAUUCCGAUCACGGUUCGUCAGUUGGAGGCCGUAAUAAGAAUAAGCGAGGCGUUCGCAAGAAUGUCCCUGAGUACAAGGGUGUUACCAGAGCAUGUAGAUGAGGCUAUCCACCUUUUCCGCGUGUCCACAAUGAAUGCGGUCAAUGAUGGGCAUUAUCUUGAUGGAAUGCUCCGUUCUGAUGUGAUGUCGAAGGUGCGAACCAUGGCGGACCGUAUCCUGAAAAUGCUAAGCAUUGGAAACGCGCAUAGCAUUGCAGCGCUUGCCGAGCAUUUUGGCGAGAAGGACGUUGUUGGACAGGCUGUUACUUACUUGGUACGAAAGGAUAAAUUGGCAUUACGAGACAGAGGACGAGUUGUUAUUAGGAUGCCGUGAUUGCUUUAUUAUUUAGUGGGAAAAUGUUCUAGAACAGCAAUACGGUUUGCAUAAAUGGUUAAGCAUAAUCUACAGUUAAAAUAAAUUAUGGAGUCUUUGAACAGUUUU